CACAACUUGUCUUCUCACCAUAUUUCACAAACAUAAGAGGUUUCAGCUUAUUUGAGGAAUUAACAAACCAUUUGAAGCCUUUCCCCGAAAAAAAAAAAAAAAAGGGCCCUUUUGAAGGGGAGAAUGCUAGAAAGCGUUUACAUACUGAGAUUUUCAGGAGUAUUCCUCUUUCUUACUCUCCAUGACAAAUUCCGGUUCUCAUGAUCUACUACGGAUUUCCCAAAAUGCUGAAAUUCUGCCCCAUGAAAACAUGGACGAUCAAGGAAACAUGUUGCGUUCAAGUGAUUCAGCAGAGCAAUUCCGAUGCUGGCUGGACUCGUUCCUCGAAGAUGAAGAAACACCGGAGCUUGAUAAAACCAAUCAAAUUGAAGUUGGUCCCUCACAGUCGCUGUCGCUGUCGCAACAAGCUACAGCAAAUCUUCUUGAGGCGAACAAUGAAGCAGGACCAUCUAAUGAUUCAAACCAACAGAGGAAAAGGGGUCGUAAAGCCAAACUAACCGAGCAUGAAAGGAAGGAAAAUAAAAGAAGAAGUGAUAAAAAUCACCGUGCCAAAAAGAAGCAAAAUGUUGCAGACUUAGAAAGACAGAAGGCGGAAUUAUCUUCUAUGGUUCAAUCGAUGCAGAAGACACUUCAUGAAGCAUUGAUGGAAAACCAACAGCUGCAAUUUCUGGCAGAUAGUUUGAACACUGCUUUACAGGAACAUAGAAAAGAGGUUAACAAAAUAAAGGAUUGUCAAGACAUAAACCCCAAUUGUCAAGAAGCUACGUCUACUGACUGUGACCUGUUGGAAGAUCCUGAAUUGCUAAAAUGGUUGGGGCCUGCUAUUGUUUCUGGUGCUACUAGUUCUCAAACUAUUAUAUGCGACACCAAUGCACCUGCAACUGAAUUUUUUAGGAAACUUGAUGCGGAUGAAAUGAGCAAUGUCAAGUUCCAAGACUUCACAGACUUGGAUGGGGAGCACGGAACUGUUGGGAGGUACCAAAUCCCAUUGUCUUUAGUACCUACUGCUGUGAAAAUAUUUAAGGUUUAUGGUGAUGUUUGCGCAACCAGCAAAAUGAACUCAAGUAUUACUAGAAAUGUCUAUAUUCUGUUCUGUGCAACAAUUAAAGAGAUGGGUGACCUUUCACUUGAGCAAGUUACUGAGGGGAAGAUGUUGAAGUGGAGAGAUGCAAUCAAGGAUGCAUUGCGUAUUGAGUUUGAAGCGGAAUUUGCCAUGGAACAUCUGAAGAAAAUCGCUUGUGGUUACUUUGGUCUGAAAGCACGCAGUGAAGUUGAGAGCAUAGAUAUCAAAAUCUCAAAAUUAGAGGCUCACCUAAAUGGAUUAAAGAAGCGCAAGGUGUGCAUAGAAAUUGCGAACGAGUUUGAUGGUAAGUUGGUCAGUGAAGUUCUAUGGCGUUAAGUAGUGUGUUGGCACAUUUGCCUAUCCUUAAAAUAAAAUUGAAAGAAAAUGUGUAGCCUCUGUAGGAAAAGAUAUUUGAUUUUGCUUUUCAUUUUCAUUUGUUCUAUUGUGUUUCUUAUUCUGUAUUUCUAGUGUGAUUUGCUUGUGUAAUUGUUUUGUUAAAGAACAAUCUAAGAUGUAGAAUUUGCCAUUUGCUCUAUUGAAAUUUUUUUUUGAUAUUCUUAGAAGUGAACACUACACAUAAAUAGAAUUAUUCAAA